UCAUGGUCCGCCACUGCCAGUACUAGUAGGCCUAUAUGUAUUUAAUGCAAAGAUGAUUUAAAGCUUUGCUCAAUUUUCUGCACUGAUCUUUUCAACUUAUUUCGGACAUUCAAAGCAAGGCAAGAUGAAUGCUGACACAGUAGAACUAGCACGGGAAUAUGAUUUGAUAAGUUCCGUUUGUAUACAGAGUCGACUUCGUGAUGAAGCUUUGAAAUGGAUCGAUUUCGAUGAAAACGACGACGUACUCGAUGUUGGCUGUGGUUCUGGAAGGCUUUGCAAAAUGUUGUCUCCUCUUGUAAACUCAGUCACUGGCCUAGAUAUCUCUCACGGAUUGGUGGAGUUCGCUAGAUUUGAAAACUCAGGGCACAAUAUACGAUACUUUGAAGAAGACGCGCAGACGUUUGGUCCUCUUCUUACCGACUGGCGGGAAAAGUUCGAUAAAAUUCUGAGUUUGACAGCUCUUCAUUGGUGCUCUGACAAGAAGAGUGUCUUAAAGAAUAUCUACCAGUGUCUUAAUCCAGGAGGUAUAUUCCUCCUUGAUAUCCCUGCACAUUGCCAACUUGUUUCAGAAUGGAGUCCCUACGGUGAAACCUGCGAUGUAUGGAUUAGAAAACAUCCAAAAUGGGGGCAAUAUCUACAGAAAUGCAACUACGAGAUUUUUCCAACAAAGAGUACUGAGGGUUUUCUGGACCUUAUGAGAUCAGUGGGUUUCAUCAUUGAACAUUCAGAGGUGAAGCAACCCCCUUGGAUUGAAUGGAAGGAAAGUGACAUCAAAAAACAAUUACGUUGCGUGUUUUACCCGAUAAAGAACAUCCCUGUGGAACACCAAGAUGAAUUCAUCGAUGACGUGUACAAAUGGAUGUGUGACGUCACUCCAAAGAGGUCUGGUAAUUUUUACCAAGGUGAACUGGGAAGGGCCAAAACUAUGACCAUUGUGGCUACCAAGGAAUGACACUCGUCAGGUUGGUGACCCGAUGUAAACGAAUGAAGCCCUCGGUUUUUUGAAACACAGGAAACUUUCACGUUUUAUGAUACAGUAGUAG